AUGAAGCCGGAUACCAUGGAUGACCAGAAUACCACCACUAUUUUACAAAAACCCAAUGAACCUGAUGAACCAACAUAUGAUAAACCAAACACAUAUGAUGAAUACCAAGAACCUUUACCUCAAGAAGUGAUUGAUGACCUGAUCGUACGAGCUGAAUUCAUCAAUGGCAAACGACCCGACAUAAAGACAAAUGACCAAGACACAAGCUCCUCAUGUCCAACUAUCAGCUUAUUGUCUCAUGUGCCUUCAUCAACCACCAGUCUAACCACUACACCUCCUCCUACUUCCAUAAGUCCUAGUACGUCUAGUAUCAGUAGCGAGAGCAGUAACACAAGCAGCUCAACGACACGACAAGCACUAUUACAAAUCCUGAAAAAGAAGCCUAUGGAAGAUAUGGUCAUGUAUGAUUUACGUAAACAGUCGCUUGCUAGACCAUUUGAACAUGAUGUGUAUUUUAAAGGCACGAAAAUACCCGCCUAUAAAAAGAUACAGCCUCAUUCGUAUUCAUGGGGAUUCCAAAAUAUCCUGUAUCGAUUGUCUCUGGAUGGCAAUAUCGUGAGUGACAAACACAAGGUAGCAGAAGCAAAAAGAAGAGCUUUCAAGAAAGAAAUCACGAUUGAAUGGGGUGAUUUCCCUUUGAAUGAGAAAGAAUAUACACCAGAAGAAGACGAUGAAUUGACAGCAGAUACAAAAUCAGGCCCAUUGUACAAUCGAACCAAUUCUCAUCUUUUGUUUACGUAUGAUACUGAAUUUGAAGGCUUUUUGAUUCGUUGGAAGCGUGCUAGUCUAUUAUCGCAUGAUUUAGUCUGUCAAAUUAGACCUGAAAAGCACUUGGAAGAUGGCAAUGACAAGAAGACAUGGCGUGUUAUUGCUGAAUUUGAUAGUCAUCGUAUGGGCUAUUUUGUUCAUUUGGGACAAUUGUUGAUUGACAAGAAUGCGCUGGGUUUAGUAGACAGACCAGAUCAAUUAGAAGCACAUAUUAUUAUCACUUGUAGUACAUUGAUAGAUUUAAUGCGAGAAGUAGUAGAAAAGGCAGUUGGAUUAAACAAAGGAGGUGUUGUAGGCAGUGAUUAA